UGGAUACAGGUCUUAUCUUAUCACGUCUAGGUCUGAGAACACCGAUCAACGUACUUACCUAAACGUGACUACGACAUUUCAAGCUUAAGAUGCGGGCAACUAUGACGUCACUGCAGGUGAGGGAACCUCUGACGUCACUGCUGGUGAUAUGUGUGAUAAUGUGGACACUUACGUCAUGUACCGCCCGUGGCCCUAUUUGUAUGCAGUGCCACAAUGUGACAAACAAUUCCAACUGUAGCGGCAUCACUAUGUGUCCCGAAGGCGAGGGCUGUUACGCACGAGAGAUAGUAAGGGUCACGGGGUCAGUGGUAGUAGAGAGGGGAUGUCUCUCUCACAAGGACUGCAGUAUACUCCAGAGCACGGCUGUAGGGAUAGGAAAACGUGACGCCACAGGUUGCUACAGGUGCUGCACCAGAGACCUAUGUAACGAACAUAUUUGUGACCUCGGUCAGAUCUCGACACCGCCACCCAACUCGUUCUUAACUACAGCCACAUCCGGUAACGUGACGCAAAACCUGAGAUCAUGUUUCCGCUGUUCUGACGCCACGAAAGUUACCGACUGUCAAGUGAGCUUGGCAUGUGCAGCAGGGCAGGAAUGCUACACUACACGUGCAACGCUAGGCACGACCACACACUACUCAAUGGGAUGUGAGAGCCGACAGGCUUGCACACAUUACACCGGCGUAGCGUCUAAUCAAGCGCCAUUCUGCAAGCGCUGUUGUGACGCGGAUGGCUGUAACGUCGACCUGUGUGGCCUACACUUAUUACCAGAGAUUGUGACUAAACCAUUUAAUCGGACGUUAGAAGUGGAUGACGUCACGAGGCUUCGAUGUGAAGCAGACCAAUCAUCAAAUGCAACUCUCACCUGGACGUUUGAAUCGGCCACUGGUACCAGUGUGUUCCCAAAGCCGGUGGCGUUCGGACCUCGAAAUACCACAGCAUUCUUUCAGAUCACACAUAACCACUUCGGCAAAUGGACAUGUAUUGCUACUAAUAGUUUCGGUAGCACCUCGGCGUCAGCUUUCAUCAAACAUCUAUCCUCGUCAUGAAGAAUGAUCACACUGUACAGCGAACGAUGAUUCUAUAUCAAUGAAUGUUACUUGAUAUCAUGAAAAUAAAUCAGUUUGCUUCCAA